UCAAUGGGAAUUAUAAAUAGAAAACUAAAGUGAUUUAAUGUCUCUUGUGGAUAUUUUCUUGAAAUUAAAUAAUUGAUUUUAGUUUAGCUGUUAUGCGGUGAACUUUAAACCUACUGUGAAAUUAUUCUGCUCUUCCCGUGUCGCCCGAUAAUUCUGAAGCGACAAGUGGAUCUCGGAUGUUUUCCCGAAAGUGCCGCUUUGUGAACCUGUAACCUUCCCUCGAUCUGAAGGCGACCUCGCCAGCAAUUAGGAAGCUGUCUGGGCUGCCAAAGGAAAGGGGAGCCGGAGCGUGUCAGCCCGCUUCGCCUCGUUUCGUUCUUUCUGUUCCUCCCGAAGCGGAUCCUUCUGCCCCCGCUGUCAUGUCCAACAGCAGCGCAAACAGCAGCCUGGCGAUGGCGCACAAAGCUGUCAGGCAGCUACAAUUGGAAGCCAGAGUGUCCAGGAUCAAGGUCUCACAGGCUGCCUCGGACCUGAAGGGCUUCUGUCUGCAGAAUGCACACAGGGACCCCCUCCUGAUGGGGGUGUCAUCCAGUGACAACCCCUUCAGACCCCCCAAGUCUUGCAGCCUUUUCUGAGGCCCAGUUGCCACACUCAGAGGCGGAGCCCCCAAUCCAUUCAGCCUGUCCACACUUAGACCACUCUUUUCUGGGAGAUGUUCUCCACAACAAUGGCUACCCCCCCCCCGCACAACACACACAGACACAGACACACCUGACCAACCUGCCACCUUCUAUCCCCAAACAAAACACAACCCGACUUCUCCAAGAAAGAAGUCUAUUUUUACACUGUUAUAUUAAACAUCUUACCAGACUGUUAUUCAAAGAUCAGUUUACAUUUUAGGCAUUUAAAUAACCUUUUGGUUUGAGGGUUUUUUUAAGUACCACUGCUGACAGCCAGUCUCGCAAACCCACACCCUACUGCAUACCACACCCUGCUUUGAGACAGCCCCCCCUCAUCUGGCAGCACAGACUGCUCUGUCACCACCCCCCCAUGAUGGGUGUCGUCCGUGAAGGGAACUUUUAAGGUGCAGCUGGUGUUGAAGAGCAGACACUGACUCCGUUCUCAUCUACACUGCAUCUCCAGCAGCCGUCCAGACGCACUGCAGCCAAAACUGUAGGAUGAGGAAGUGCCUGACCUGCGUGUUGGUGUGUGUAUCGCCUUGACAGCCUGAAUCCCACCCCACCCCACCCCCAUGCUGCUCUUACCCUUCUG